AUGCCUGGUAUUCCUAAACAAAGAGUAACCAUCAUCGGUUCUGGUAACUGGGGUUCUUCUAUUGCUCGUGUCUGUGCUCAAAACACUAUCAGACAUCCCGAGCUCUUUGAACGCGAAGUGCGUAUGUGGGUGUUUGAGGAAAAAAUUGACGGCAAAAACUUGACCGAUAUCAUCAACGAAAAGCAUGAAAACGUUAAAUAUCUCCCUGGUAUCAAUCUCGGUGAAAACGUUGUGGCUGUCCCCGAUGUCCAAGAAGCAGCCAGAGGAGCCAAUGUCCUUGUCUUUGUCUUGCCUCAUCAAUUCGUAUACAAAGUUUGUGAGUCUCUCCGUGGCGUUCUUGACAAGGAUUGCAGAGCCAUCUCCUUGAUCAAGGGUUUGGAUUAUAGAAACAACAACCUGCUUAUCUUUUCUGAAGAAAUCGAAAAGAUUUUGGGUAUCCACUGUGCUGCUUUGAGUGGUGCCAACAUUGCUAGUGAAGUUGCUGAAGAACAAUUUGGCGAGACUACCAUUGCCUGUAGAGAUCCCAAGGACGGUGAAAUCUUUUACAGACUCUUCCAUACUGACUACUUUGAUGUCAAUGUCAUUGGUGAUUGGAGAGGUCUCCAAGUUUGUGGUGCUUUGAAGAACGUUGUCGCUCUCGGCGCUGGUAUCUGCGACGGUCUUCACUAUGGUAACAACACCAAAUCAGCUGUCAUUCGUCGUGGUUUGCUCGAAAUGAGAAAGUUUGGUAAGACCUUCUUUGGUGGUGUUCAUACUGAAACCUAUUUCGAGUCUUGUGGCGUUGCUGAUCUCAUUACCACUUGCGCUGGUGGUCGUAAUAGAAAGGUAGCCGCUGCCUUCAUUAAAUCUGGCAAGAGCAUCGAGGAAAUUGAAAAGGAAAUGUUGAAUGGUCAAAAACUUCAAGGUACUACCACAUCUCAAGAAGUCUAUCAUUUCUUGUCUGCUAGAAACAUGACACAAGAGUUCCCUCUCAUGACUGCAAUCUACCGUGUUGUUUAUGAACAUGCUCCUCCUGAGAGCAUUGCUCUUGAUCUUCGUACUCGCAAUGUCAAGGUUGACAUGGAGUAA